GGACAUUAAAAGUGAAAUUGCGGGACCGGCCAGCACGCGGGACGAGCUAAUCGCGGGACGCGGGAAUUCUUGAAUUGGAAAAAGACUUUAGGGUAAUGGACAUGUUUUCAUUCCUGUUUGGUUGGACGGGACGUCCACCAAUAAGGCAGGGGGAUAUAUCUAAGCGUUAUGCAUUCAUGUUGAUUUGUAUAGUUCUGUGUAUAAUUGUAUUUGUGUAUAUAUAAGUAUAAAUGUUUUUCGUAUCUAUAUUAGUUAUUGACUAUGCCUUGUGAGUGAGUAUGUGUGUGUGUUGUAAGCUGAGAAUGAUUCUGGGGAGUGAGAACUUUGUGUUUAUUUGUGUGCUGUACGGAAAAGAGUUAGUAAGAAAGGUACUUGAACUGUAUGAACAUAUUUUUGAAUUUGUUAACUAUCAUUUUUGUUAUAUUGGUCGGGACGACCAACGCUUUUGAGGCGGGGGUAGUGUAAUGAUCGUGUAUUUGUUGCACAUGUAUUGUAUAUAUUUACCUGUAUUUGUAUUGAGUGCGUACUAUAUGUAUUGUUACAUGUAAAGGAUUGCGACGUAUUAUGUGGGCUCGGGGCUAUAUAUACUCUUAGACACCUGUAGCCGCGACGAUCGGUCAACAGGUGAGAGCACACGAGAUCUAUAAAGAGCACUCAGUGUAGUGAGGUGGCCAGUGGACUGUGGCGGGUGAGAUGCUGGCUGGGGUGUAGGUAGGCGGGCACGGGUUGUCGCCAGGUACGCCGGGCCAACAGUCGGACAUCCUCACGCCACCGAGUGUGCCAACUACCAUCUAUUAACUUCAUGUUACGCCGGCGCAGAAUAUGUAUCACCGGGUGCCCACAUAAUGCUCGCACUUCUCUCUGUUGAUGUCUCAUGUAACCAAUGUCUGGGAAUAAAUAUCAUCAAAUCGCAGUAGUUGUUUGGUUCUUUUAUACACUAGUGGCGAAGUAGGACCAACGACGAUCUUACGCAGGAACCCUGGAGAGUAGGACAACGGUGAACCAAGCAGGUUAAACCGUUAAAACUUGAAGCUUCAAGACCUGCUCACAACUAAUCUGAAAAGGAGUUUGUGUAUCAGUUUCCUGUGUUCAUCCAUUUUUAGCUCACCUGGUCCGAAGGGCCGGUGAGCUUGUGCCAUGGUGCAGCGUCUGUCGUCCGCAUUACAUCAACAUUUCCUUUAAAUUCAUACUAGUCCUGAAUACUUUAACGGAUUUUGAUGAAAUGUAGUCUGGAGCAUUAUUGGGCAAUUUUACACAGAAAAAUAUAUCACACUGUCAAUACACAUAGAAAAAAUAUCACAUUGUUAGUACAAAUAGAAAAUAUAUCACAUUGUUAGUACAAAUAGAAAAUAUAUCACAUCGUCAACACACAUGGAAAAUAUCUUCCCUGGGAUUGCUGUAAUAUCUCUUCAGCAUUGGUACGGGUACAGUUACAGCUAAGAAUUCCCUGGGAUUGCCGUACUAUCCCUUCAGCAUUGGUACGGGUACAGUCACGGCUAAGAAUUCUCUGGGAUUGCUGUACUGUCUUUUCAGCAAUGGUACGGGUAAAGUCACAGCUAAGAAUUCUCUGGGAUUGCUGUACUGUCUUUUCAGCAAUGGUACGGGUAAAGUCACAGCUAAGAAUUCUCUGGGAUUGCUGUAAUAUCUCUUCAGCUUUGGUACGGGUACGAUCACAGCUAAGAAUUCUCUGGGAUUGCUGUAAUCUCUCUUCAGCAUUGGUACGGGUAAAGUCACAGCUAAGAAUUCUCUGGGAUUGCUGUAAUAUCUCUUCAGCAAUGGUACAGGUAAAGUCACAGCUAAGAAUUCUCUGGGAUUGCUGUAAUCUCUCUUCAGCAUUGGUACGGGUAAAGUCACAGCUAAGAAUUCUCUGGGAUUGCUGUAAUCUUUCUUCAGCAUUAGUACAGGUACAGUCACAGCUAAGAUUUCCCUGGCAUUGCUGUAAUCUUUCUUCAGCAUUAGUACAGGUAGUCACAGUUAAGAAUUCCAUCUCUUCAGCAUUUGUUGGGUACUAUAACAGUAAUAAUCUGAAAUGUUUCUACAUAGGCAUAUGGAUAAGGGACAUCCGAUACAAGUGUAACCUGCUGUUAACUCAAGUCAACAAGAUACUGAAAAACUUAGAGAGCAAGAAAUUAAUCAAAGCUGUUAAGUCUGUCGCAGCCUCCAAGAAAAAGGUCUACAUGCUGUACAAUUUGGAGCCUGAUCGGACAGUGACUGGAGGAGCAUGGUACAGUGACCAAGAUUUUGAGUCAGAAUUUGUAGAGGUUCUCAAUCAGCAAUGCUUCAAGUAUCUGGAGCAAAAGGCUAGCCUUGCAAGGGAGAACCAGGUUGAUCCCAUAGCACAGAGGAAUGCGGCCUUUACCUCAUUAUCAGAUGUGUGGAAGUACAUUUCAGAACUGGGAAUCAGUAAGGUUCAGCUGUCUGUGGACGAUAUUGAGACUAUCAUGGACACCCUUAUAUACGACGGGAAAGUAGAGCGAUCAGUGACCGCAUCCACCAGUUCAGGAGAGGCCAGUUCCAAGCUAUACCGUGCAAUGAAACCUCUUGUACCUACCACUGGACUCAUGAGGAUGCCUUGUGGAUCAUGUCCUGUAUUUGACCAGUGCUGUGAGGGAGGUCCAGUGUCACCAACAAACUGUGUUUACAUGAAGGAAUGGUUGGAGUACUGAUGUAGUACUCUACUAGAAACACAGUCAAAAUGUGUGGUGAACAAAUCACUUCCGAAUAGCUCCAGGCUCUGUGUCAAGGUAAAUGUCUGAACAGAAGGUGAGGCAUUGUUACAGAUCAUUACUGUAACAGGAUGGGUGAUUAAGUGGCAACCAAUUGUGUUACUACUGGACACGCUGAACCACAAAAUGUGAUGGAAUACAGAUAUAACCGAGUCAAGGGGAUAUCAUGGAAUUUCAAUGAAAGCUACUGAAAUGAUGUGUGAUUCUUUCACUUACAUUGUGAAACAGAACAUGCUGCAAUCUUUUGAUUGGCAGAAAGAUGGAAUAGAAGCAGGGUGUGCUUUUACUAUAAGACAUUUUGAUAUUUAUUAAAGAGAUAUUAAACCCUG